CCCUAUUCACUCUGCCACCCAGAGCCAAUAGGGACAGCCACCUCUCUGAGAGGAGGGGACAUAGGCUAGGGAGAGGCAGAGAGAAGCUUGCCCCAGUCCUCCUCCUGAAAGGUAUACUUCCAAGGACCUUUUCUUCCUUUUUAUAAGCAAACUGGGCCGUCGACAAUUCGGGUUCGUCCUUCGCUGACCCGCCCUAGCCGUGAUUUCGGAUGAACAGCCGCGCACUUGCAGCCAGAACCAGGUCGACGCUGCUCGGUCAGGGACCAGUUCGCAGGAUGACAGCCCAGCCCCAGUCCGAGCUAUAAACUUCAACCGGCCACAAGAGUGUGCAUGUGAGGUGACUGCAACAUUUUCCUUGCCAAACCAGAAUUAGCCGGUAUAGGAAUGAAAGGCUGUGGAGCCUUGAGCUUGCACAGGCUGGACGCUCAGCUCUUACCCAAGAGCCCCCGAUCCCCCCGGCUCCGCUGGGCCAAGGGCUGAGGGAGGCGGGGAUCACCUCCACCUGCUAAGGGACCGGCCCGGGGCUGUGGCCAAGCGGAGCUGGAGGGCCGGAGCACCGCAGCUCCAGGAUGAGAGGCUCCACUACUACCAGAUUCGGCGUUCGGGGGCUCCGGGGGCAACAGCGAGGAGCUGGGGAGCCCAGGACUAGUGCCCUGUGAAGCAGCUGACCCCGGGCUGGCCGGGAGCGAAUAUUGUAGAAAAAAUGUACACCAGUCAUGAAGAUAUUGGGUAUGAUUUUGAAGACGGACCAAGAGAAAAGAAGGCACAUAACCCAAACCCCAACAUCGAUGGCGGAUGGGCUUGGAUGAUUGUCCUUUCCUCUUUUAUGGUUCACAUACUCAUUAUGGGGUCUCAGAUGGCACUAGGGGUGCUGAACAUGGAAUGGCUUGAAGAAUUCCAUCAAAGUCGAGGCCUGACUGCCUGGGUCAGCUCCCUCAGCAUGGGGAUCACCCUCAUCGUCGGACCUUUCAUUGGCUUAUUCAUUAACACAUGUGGCUGCCGCAAGACUGCGAUAAUUGGCGGGCUUCUGAAUGCCCUGGGCUGGGUCCUGAGUGCCUACGCCACCAACGUGCAUUAUCUCUUCAUCACAUUCGGAGUGGCAGCUGGGUUUGGCAGCGGUAUGGUUUAUCUCCCUGCAGUGGUCAUGGUGGGACAGUAUUUUCAGAAGAGAAGAGCCCUCGCUCAGGGACUUAGUACAACCGGGACAGGAUUCGGUACCUUCCUCAUGACCGUCUUAUUAAAAUAUCUUUGCUCAGAAUAUGGAUGGCGAAGUGCAAUGUUCAUCCAGGGGGCCGUCUCCUUGAACCUGUGCGUUUGCGGAGCUCUCAUGAGACCUCUCCCUCCCAGUGAGACCCAAAGCAAUAAAAUUCUUCAAAGCAAAGGUGGAGAGAGAGAUCUCAAACUUCCUCUGUCCCAUUCGACUGAGUCCAUAAAAUCGAACGGGCACCUAAAAAAAGCCGAAGAGAGGGAGGACAACCCCGUGAAGGAAGAAAUGCUCAGUAACUCCCCAGUCCCAGAGAGCAAAGGCAAAGACAAAGUUCGACUUGGAAAGAACAUGUACGCUCUUCGCAUUCUCAAGAUAGUGAGCCGACUCACCAUUAGAAUCAGGAAGGGAUUCUGGGACUGGUACUCAAGUUACUUUGGAGCCGCGUCCCUAUUUACAAAUCGGAUGUUCGUAGCCUUUAUUUUCUGGGCUCUCUUUGCCUAUAGCAGCUUUGUCAUUCCAUUUAUCCAUCUCCCAGAAAUAGUCAAGCUGUACAAUCUGUCUGAACAAAAUGAUGUUUUCCCCUUGACCUCGAUCAUAGCAAUAGUUCAUAUUUUUGGAAAAGUGAUCCUUGGGAUUGUGGCUGACCUGCCCUGUAUCAGCGUUUGGAACGUCUUUCUGAUGGCCAACUUGAGUCUCGUGGUCAGCAUCCUUAUUCUACCAUUGAUGCACACUUAUGCCAGCCUGGCAGCAAUGUGUGCCCUGAUUGGCUUUUCCAGUGGAUAUUUCUCCCUAAUGCCUGUGGUGACUGAAGAUUUGGUGGGCAUAGAGCACCUUGCAAAUGCCUAUGGCAUCAUCAUUUGUGCCAAUGGAAUAUCUGCAUUGCUGGGACCACCGUUCGCAGGUUGGAUCUAUGACAUCACCCAAAAAUAUGAUUUUUCCUUCUACAUAUGCGGCUUGCUUUACAUGGUGGGGAUGCUGUUUUUACUCAUCCAACCUUGUAUCCGACUAAAGGAACAACCAAGAAAAAAAUACAUAGAAGGCACGCAUGUUUAAUUUGAAAUGGAAACAAAAGCUCUCAGUACCCUGUUGCUGGUUAUCCCAUUUGGGGCACUCUAGUAAGCGCUGUUCUGAAUGCCAGCUGAGUUUAUACAGAUGACAUGAUAUAUCAAAGCUGGGCUAUACAAGAAUUUCCAGAAACAUCUUCAUAAAAAUCAAUACUUAGCUGCAAUAUGACCAGAGAAUGAGAGAGAGAGAGAGAGAGAAUUCAUUUCCAAAAUAACAAAAACAAACAAACAAAAUCUUUACAAUCACUUCCUUUUGAGCUGAGAAAAAAAA